AUGGCGUACUUCCUACCCUCCUUCUUCCAGAAGCGACUGCUUCGAUAUGCUCUGUCCCGGCUGGAGCUUGUCGACACCGAAGCACUAGAUCUGGACAGUCUGGGAAUUCGCUGGGGCCAACGAAGCACCGUUGAACUGCGCGAUAUUGGCCUGAGGCUGGAGAAAUUAUCGACGCUUCUCCGUCUGCCUCCCUCCAGUGAACUACUCAGUGCUCGGAUCCGGCUGUUGAGGUUGACAGUCCCUGCGGAUAUCUACAGCAGUGGGAUCAUCUUUCAAACGAGCGGUAUCGACGUCCACCUCCGGUUGCCCCUCAACGACGUAUCUGCGGACCAGGAUACACAUCGAAGCCCCACAGAUGAUACCGGGGAUGAUCAUGUCUUGCCAAACCCGACUGACCUCGCCGAGUCGUUCCUACAGGCAGAACCAAAAGAAGAGAAAGAGGAGCUGCAGGCCGCCAUAUCAUCCCAGUCCCAGGUGCUACAGCAUACUUCGACAUCAUCCAGCGACGAUGAAGAGGAGUUUGGUCUGGGCGAAGAGGCCGUCUCGCUACCCAGUUUUGUGGCAGGCUUCUUGAAAGGUGUCGUGGAACGACUACAAGUUGAGGUCGAGGACGUUUCCAUACGGGUGGAUGUCGAGACAAAGCAAGAUGGCCCGUCGAAGCGGCAGCCUGAGGAAAAGCCGGAUCUCGUGACGGGGCUUAUAAGCGUUCGCCAGAUCAACGUGGGUGCAGUUUCGAAAUCUCAUGAUUCCGAAGAAGGCAUAUUACGUUGGGGCAAACGGCAGAUCUCGGUCUCUGAUGUCAACCUUGCUCUAAUAUCUGACCCGAUCGUCUUCUCCAACUACUCUCGAUUUACCGCUCCUCCACUCUCUCCUUCCACCCCUGUCCAGUCGAGGCCAAGUCAACCUCCCAGCGAAGUUAUGUCGCCUUCACCAGAGCUCAAUCCGUCAGAUUCAAAUCCCGGCCUAGGCAUGACACAGUCCACUAUUUUCGCUCCCCCACAGAGCGACGAUGAACCUGUUCCAGAAGCUCCUCAUGAGUUGGAAAUGGCAGGGUCGGUCUACACCUACGAUGGGCGGUUCUCGGACGCCGACACGGAAGAAACCAGGAGCUAUGGACAUCUUGGAGACUCGCAGAACUUCUCGGACGACGAUAAACUGCUAGAUAAUCCGGAUUACUUGGAUUCUGUUAUCGACUCUCACUUGCAUGACGAGGAUCUCGAGCGCUCAGUCAAUCUCCCCAGAGAUGAUGCACCCUCCGCCCGAGAAGAAGACACUCCCCGACUCCAUGAUUCCAGUACCUUUAACUUCGAGCCCACAAUGGCCCAUCACACCCUACAGGAAGUUUCUUCUCCCACAAUUCAUGGGCAGGUCUUGGAAGAUAGGACGGGGUCAUUUGGCAGCGCUUCCCUUGGGCGGGAUGCUUCCAGUGAACAUUCCCUGCCAGAAGAUUCAUUGAGCGAGAACCAGCAUGCCGAAGAACCUCAGCAUGAAGUACGAGCACAUAUGUCUGGAUCUCAACCCGCACCUCCUUCUGAAGAAGGUAGUUCAAGCUCCACCUCUAAUUCCUUCAGAGACGGUGACCUUUCUGAAUCCAAGAUAUACUCUCAUGAAGAAGCACAAAGCAUGUACAUGAGCGCCAUUAGCCAUGGAUCGACAUCCAGAAGCUUUGUACCUAACAUCCCUGGGGCAUGGGAUUCCCCGGGAUCUACCGCGACGCGGUAUUUCGACGUCCAUAAUCGAUCACAAUGCUCCGGCGACACAAAUCGGACUCGUGACGAGAAAGACGAAACAACGGCAGCGACACCACGGCUUCAUGCACAAGCAGGAUCACAUAUCCCCCAAGAAUAUCCUUUGGAUGGAUCUCGCACGGCACAUUCCGAAGCCACUGAUAAAGGCUCUUUUGAGUCGACCCAGGGCUUGAACAAGCUCAACGACAUUGCAAAGAGGUUUUUGACAAUUGAUAAAAUGUCUAUUUGGGUACCUUCGCGGGAUGGGACCGAUGAGCCUUCCGGAGCCGUGUCUGAAAUGUCUUUCUCUCACGGAGGCGUGGAUCCAAACGUUUCUGGACACUCAGAGCGACGGUCCUACCCUAAACGCUCACAAGAUGAGACUGCCAUCGAACUUCAUUCAGCUGAGAUCCAUUUUGACAUCUCCACUGGGUGGCUCCUUGCUAAAGUCGGCCAGAGAGUUGUGGAUGCCUUUGCCCAUAACGAUUCGGAAACACCCAAAAAGAGUCGCUCACAGCAAGAUUCGCACAGUGACCAAGCAAUCAGUCUCUCCUUUGGCAAGUUUUCAAUCAAAUUUGUCGAACAUAUCCCGGGGCAUGCCUACCCCCCCGAAGAUUCUCGAAUACAUUCUCCAACAUAUUUCGGAUUAAUGCAUGAAGAUGUUCUUUUACAAACUACGGUGGCUGGCUUGCAAGCCCAUUACUCAGAGACUGGCAACGCGACAAAGCUCCGCUUAGAGCUAGCAAAGUUCACAUUGGGUUUUGCGUCUGAAGAUCUCAUCUCGUUCAGCGAGGACCUGAAAAUGCGAGAGUCGGUACGAGAUGUCUUGUCUCCUGUGCACGGAGAUGUUUCCCUCUCCUUGACAAAAUCAGCCGAUUCUGCGAGAGUCAACAUUGCAACACUCCCCUUGCAAGUGAAUAUCAAUGUCCAGCGUUUGGAGGACGUAUUGGGGUGGAUUGGUGGCCUGAGCACCAUUCUAGAGCUUGGAAAUUCGAUCCCAUCCGUAUCUGGUGUAAAGGCGCAGAAGGAGCCCCCCAAGCGGUCACGCGGUGUUCAUUUUGAACCUUCGCCCCCACCAGUAAAGGAGUCUCGACAGCCGUCUAUCCCGUGGAAGGUCGACUCGCGUAUUGGCGGGAUGGCCCUUGAUGUUGUUGGAGAGACACAUUACCUCAAGCUAAGGACAACGGCCGUUAAAGUCGUCAGCAGACAGAAGGGCAUCGCGGUACAGAUUGACAAGGCCAAACUGAGUGGGCCCUUGUCUCUGGAGGGCACGAGGGAUGCACCCGCAAAGGUCAACUUCACCAACAUCAGAGUGGAGUUUCUGUUCAGUCCAGAUGAUGAUGAUCUUGACAGGCUACUGUCGUUGAUAACACCAUCAAAAGACAAGUACGAUGAGGAUGAUGAUAUCAUGCUGGACACGCUCCUCCGCCAGCGAAGACAGGGGUCCAUUCUGCGAGCCACCGUCGACGGAGCACGUGUGGCCAUUUCACGCAUCCAAGAUCUAGAGCACCUCUCACAGCUCGGUGACGAACUUGGGAAACUUUCCAAUGUCACCAAGUACUUACCUGAAGAUGAUAGACCAGGUAUCUUGUCACUGGCUCUCGUUCGCGAUUUUGAGGCUAGAAUGCAUGUCGGUGGACAGGUUGGAGACAUCACGGUUCGCCUGAAAGAGGCGGAAACAGCCUACAUUAGUAUUCCCUCACUGGUGGCUGCUCGAUUGGGCUCCAUGACAGUCGUCCGGAAUGAGAUCGAGGAACUGGUUGGGGAAGCACUGCCAUUGCACAUGGCUCAGGCCCAACAUCCGAUGCUGAUGGCUCGUUUUAUUGCCGAUGAGAUGGAACCGACAAUCAAGGUCAAGGUUUACAAUCUUCGUGCAGAAUACACGGUACCAUCAAUGGUUGCAUUUCUCGGUCUGAGUGAUGACAUGACAGCUGGAAAGGUUGCUGAAAAUAUGACCAGCUCUCUGGUAAAUCUUGCCGAUCUACCUCCACCACAUAUUUCCCCAGUCUCUGGUGGACAUGAAAGCCCGAGGGGGCCAGUCAAGCCUAUAAAACUGGCUGUGGUACUGCGUGACAGUGUCAUCGGCUUGAACCCUCGAGGAACGGCUGCCAAAGGACUCCUUGUCCUUACUAAUGCCAAGUUUUCCGGGGCUAUUCACGACCCUGCAUCCUCCGAAGCCACGCUAGAUCUUCGCAAAGCGUCGGUGAUGGUGAUCGAUGACGUCCAGAAUAUUGGAAUCACGGAUAACCCGCGUCAGGGAAGAUGGACAACCCCGCAGAGUGAUCAAGUCCAUUCAUUUAUUGAGAUGGGCUUCGUUCCCAUCUCCUCGAUCUCAUCAGCAACGGCUACCAUUCGAAUCAUGCAGCUAAGCGAAGAUGGUACCAAGUCACUAGAUGUGGAAUUCAGAGAUGACCUCUUAAUCCUCGAAACUUGUGCCGAUUCUACGCAAACUCUAAUCAGCAUUGUGAACGGGCUUCAGCCGCCUACUCCGCCCAGUGUUGCCGUGAAGUACCGCACUGAGGUUCUUCCAAUUCAGGACAUGCUAGCGUCAUUUUCGGGUGAUGCGUUUGCAACGGAUGCAGCUUCGCCUGAGCAUGCUGCCGAAGGGUCUUCCGAUUUGGCCCAACCGGCAAACACAAAAGGGAACCAGAUCGAGGACGAGCUCGAGUACGUGAGCGAUUUCUAUCCGGUCAAGCCGGGGUCUGAAAACGCCUCCUUGCAUGAGAACUUGGCAGGUUCAGGGUCAAACGAGCUUCUGGACAGCUUCCAUUCACAAUAUUACAUGUCGUCAAGUGUUUCAGAGCUUGAUUUCCGCGACGACCACUUUGCCAAACAGUCGGCUGUGGGUGGUACGGCGCACAGGUGGGAUUCCACGCAGAAUACCUAUGGUCUUUCCGAUGACUCGAAGCUCCAGAAGAGCCCUCUGAGGAUCCGGGUGCGCGACGCCCACGUGAUAUGGAAUCUGUUUGAUGGUUACGACUGGCAGCGAACCCGGGACACAAUCUCUAAGGCUGUAAAAGACGUUGAGAAGCGGGCUACGGAAAAACGCGCCAGGGUUGGCAAUCGGGCGUCCCCAGGCUUCGAUGACGACGAGGAGUCUGUGAUUGGCGACUGUCUUUUCAACUCGAUCUAUAUUGGCAUUCCGGCAAACAAAGAUCCGAGGGAACUGCGUCAGGAUAUCAACCGGGGUAUUGAUGAUCUAGCGAGCGAGACGGGUAGCUAUGCCACCACGACAACCGUCACUGGUGCCACUGCGCGACAGAACCACUCUCCCCCGUUCAAGAAGAAGCUGCGUCUAUCCCGGAGCAAGUAUCAUAAAAUGACGUUUGAAUUGAAAGGGAUUUGCGCAGACCUGGUUGUGUUUCCACCGGACUCUGGAGAAACACAGAGUUCCUUGGACGUGCGGAUAAAGGACUUGGAGAUCUUUGAUCAUGUGCCCACGUCGACAUGGAAGAAGUUCGCUACGUAUAUGCACGAAGCUGGGGAGAAGGAAAGCGGCACGAGCAUGGUGCAUCUCGAGGUGUUGACGGUGCGCCCAGUGCCCGAGUUGGCUGCUUCCGAGAUAGUGCUCAAGGCGACUAUCCUCCCUCUUCGGCUACAUGUUGACCAGGAUGCUCUCGACUUCUUGAGCCGUUUCUUUGAGUUCAGGGACGACUCGGCCCCCGCUUCGCCCUCUCCGCAGGAUAUCCCGUUCCUGCAGCGAGUCGAAGUUAAUUCUAUCCCGGUCAAGCUGGAUUUCAAACCUAAGCGAGUGGACUAUGCCGGUCUUCAGUCCGGCCGUACGACCGAGUUUAUGAACUUCUUCGUGCUCGACGGGGCAGACAUGGUGAUGCGCCAUGUGAUUAUCUACGGGAUCGCGGGGUUCGACAAGCUGGGACAGACGUUGAACGAUAUUUGGAUGCCGGACAUCAAGAGGAACCAACUUCCGAGCGUGCUUGCUGGACUGGCUCCAAUCCGGUCCCUGGUCAAUGUGGGUGGGGGCGUGAAGGAUCUCGUUGUCGUCCCCAUGCGCGAGUAUCGCAAGGACGGUCGGAUCGUGCGCAGCAUCCAGAAAGGCGCAUGGUCAUUCGCCAAGACAACGUCGAACGAACUGGUCAAGCUCGGCGCUAAACUGGCCAUCGGCACUCAGACCGUGUUACAGGGUGCAGAGGAAAUGUUGACGAGUCCCAAUGCGCCUGUUCCCGUGUCGGAGGAAGACUCCACCGAUGAGGAAGAAGCCAAGAAGAUCUCGCUGUACGCCGAUCAGCCGAUUGGGGUCGUCCAGGGGCUUCGGGGUGCGUUCCGCGGGCUUGAGCGCGAUCUUCUACUGGCGCGCGAUGCGAUCGUUGCCGUGCCUGGCGAGAUCGUUGAGAGCGGCAGUGCAACGGCGGCGGCCAAGGCCGUGUGGAAGCGUGCGCCGACGGUGGUGCUUCGCCCUGCGAUCGGGGUGUCCAAGGCCGUGGGACAGACGUUGUUGGGGGCAGGCAACACGCUAGAUCCGAGCAACCGACGGAAGAUGGAAGAUAAAUAUAAACGCCAUUAG